CUGCUCGCCGAAGCGCUUUCGGCCGGGAGCGGCGGCCGCCGCCAGCAGUUUUCAUGUUUGGGAUUCAGGAGAAUAUUCCGCGCGGGGGGACGACCAUGAAGGAGGAGCCGCUGGGCAGCGGCAUGAACCCGGUGCGCUCCUGGAUGCAUACGGCGGGGGUGGUGGACGCCAACACGGCCGCCCAGAGCGGCGUGGGGCUGGCGCGGGCGCACUUCGAGAAGCAGCCUCCUUCCAACCUCCGGAAGUCCAAUUUCUUCCACUUCGUGCUGGCGCUCUACGACAGGCAGGGGCAGCCGGUGGAGAUUGAAAGGACCGCUUUUGUGGACUUUGUGGAGAAAGAGAAAGAGCCCAACAACGAGAAAACCAACAACGGCAUCCACUAUAAACUCCAGUUACUCUACAGCAACGGAGUCAGAACGGAGCAGGAUCUGUAUGUUCGCCUCAUAGACUCAAUGACCAAACAGGCCAUCGUCUACGAGGGCCAGGACAAGAACCCGGAGAUGUGCCGCGUGCUGCUGACCCACGAGAUCAUGUGCAGCCGGUGCUGCGACAAGAAGAGUUGUGGCAAUAGAAAUGAGACACCCUCAGACCCUGUGAUCAUUGACAGAUUCUUUCUAAAGUUUUUCCUCAAGUGCAAUCAGAACUGUUUGAAGAAUGCAGGCAACCCCCGGGACAUGCGAAGAUUCCAGGUUGUCGUGUCCACCACGGUCAACGUGGACGGCCACGUGCUGGCCGUGUCCGACAACAUGUUUGUGCACAACAACUCCAAGCACGGGCGCCGGGCCCGCCGCCUGGACCCGUCAGAAGCUGUGUCCAGACUGCGUCAGCUGGGAGACCCGGCAGAUCCUAGGGGCCACAUGGCCACCCAUCACACAGGCCUCUUCUCCUUUGUACCAAAGAUACAGACAGAGAGGCCCAGCAUCCCGACCACGGUGCCCAGCCUGGCAGAGAAGGCCUGCUGGUCAGGGGGCCGUACCCCGCGUCUCCCCAGCAAUCAGCUUCCUCCGCGUGGGGUCUCUGCCCAUGACAGGCCCUCUCAGGUGGAGGAGAUGGCCCCCAGCCCUGUGCAGAAGAGCCGAUUGGAGGCCGGAACAAAGCUGCCUCCUCGAGGCUGUGGCCUUCAGCCUGGCCUCCGCAGGCUCGAGCUGAUCACGCCCCACGCCAUCCGCGUCCAGACCCCACCGAGGCACAUUCCUGGAGUUGUCGAAGUCACCUUGUCCUACAAGUCCAAGCAGUUCUGUAAAGGUGCUCCGGGGCGGUUUGUCUACACCGCCCUUAAUGAACCAACCAUAGAUUACGGCUUUCAGAGGUUGCAGAAAGUGAUCCCAAGACAUCCGGGUGAUCCCGAAAGGUUACCCAAGGAAGUGUUGCUCAAGAGGGCGGCCGACCUCGUGGAAGCCUUAUACGGGAUGCCCCACAACAACCAGGAGAUCAUCCUGAAGCGGGCGGCUGACAUCGCCGAGGCGUUGUACAGUGUCCCUCGCAACCACAACCAGAUCCCUACCCUGGGCAAUACCCCCGCACACACGGGCAUGAUGGGCGUGAACUCGUUCAGCAGCCAGCUAGCGGUCAACGUCGCAGAGACGUCACAAGCCAACGACCAAGUCGGCUACAGUCGCAACACGAGCAGCGUGUCCCCGCGAGGAUACGCGCCGAGCAGUACUCCCCAGCAGUCCAAUUACAGCACAGUCAGCACUAGCAUGAAUGGAUACGGAACUGGCGCCAUGGCCAAUCUAGGGGUCCCGGGCUCGCCUGGAUUUCUUAAUGGCUCCUCCGCUAACUCGCCCUACGGCAUGAAACAAAAGAGCGCCUUCGCGCCCGUGGUCCGGCCCCAAGCCUCCCCUCCUCCUUCCUGCACCAGCGCCAACGGGAACGGACUGCAAGCUAUGUCUGGGCUGGUAGUCCCGCCCAUGUGAGGGGCGCUGUGACCUGCCGCCACGCAGCAUCCAAGGACGGACUUCAGGGGACACGUCAGGACACGCAAGGCGCUGGCGGGACGGGGUCUUCAGUACGUCAGCAGCGGCCGCGAUGCUCCGAGAGACUUUGUUUAAAGAUUUUAUUUAAACUAUUAAGAAUCAACAUGCAAACAACCUACUCCUUCAUGAACAAUUCCAUUUUAUUGACUGAACUUUUCUCAUAUUUUCACAUUUCUCAGUCCUGAAGAAUAAGGAAAACAAAGCGACGCCUAUUUUGUAUAAAGUUUCUGACUCCGUCUUGGCUAUGUCUAGUACUUGCUAUGUGUUGGGAGAAACUUUGUGAAUGCACCAUUUUGAUGAUCAUAAAACACUGAUGAAAAACGCCUCCAGACAUUUUUCUGUACUCAUCCUUAGAUUCACAAUGGUUGUGUAUCUCUAUAAUGUGAAAUAUUUUUUUGUGGUGACAAAAGGGGGCCAAGGAGGUCUGAGCCAUCAAACUGGAAGAAAGGAAGACUAUAUGGUUAGGAGAACUGGGGUGGCAGGGGUGGGGGGGAGGGCGGGUUUAUCAUUGCUUAACUUCAUCUUAAUGAAAUGAAACUUUGUAACUUAUUGUAGUUAGAAAUUGUAACUUUGAUAUUGAAUUCUCUUGCCUUCAACAAGCACACUGACAGAGAAAAAAGAAAUGCUACUGUCUGUUGGUUAAAAUAUUCCCCACUGCUAGAGCUUCCUGUUACCAAGUGUGAUCUGCGGCUUUUUUUCAACUUUUGCUAGCACUGUAUACUAUUGCAUUCUUAGGCUACUGUGACGUCCAUGUUUCUUGUACCAGAAGUUGUCCUUUUGACUUCUAGAUCCUUCUUCCCUGAUGUGUUUUGUAUGUGGUUAUAAAAUUGUAGACUUUUGUGAUUUUGCCAAAGUUGUAGCUAAAUAUUUAUACACUUGUCUUGAAUUUUUUUCAGAUCCACUUAAAUAUUUAGAAGAAAAAAACAAACCAAGUUUUAUUCCUUAUGCAUCUUAUAAGGAAUAAAAUGGUCUCCAUUCAACACUUACUUUUCCAUGAACACUUGCUGUUGCUAAGGGACUUUAUUUUGUAACAUAUCAACUAUAAAUAUUGUAUUUAUCUUCGAGAUUUUGUACAUUGCUUUUCCUGCCGUUUUCGGUUUCCGUUUCUUUGUCUGUGUUGGUUUUCGAUCAUGGCCUGGUGUGAGAUGCUGGAAGAGCAUUCAGCCAAGAACUGUCUGUCUGAUCCGUUCUGUUCAGUGAACCAGCGUCCUUGCAUUUCAUUUGUACUUCCAGAAUUUGCUAUUGUUUAGACUUUCUGUCCUUUUUUUUUUUUUUUAAUUUUGAGGAAAAGUCAAAUUCAUUGUUUAUUUUUAUAUUAUUUUUAAGUUAUCUGAACAAAUACUUUUGAAGAAAAAAAAAAAGUUCGUUGUAUAGUCAAAACAAAAACGGUGCCACCCGGCUGUGACAAGUCCUAGUAGAUUCCGUGCAUGUGGAACGGCCACAAAGAGGCGACACCAUUUGGGGCGGCGUCCUUUCAUUAUUAUUUUUCUUUUUGUAGAAUGUAAAAAGUCAUUUUAGCUGCCACCCAUGACUUUGCCACAUAGCUGAACCGUGUUUACUGGAAAAAUUCAGAGGCCUAAAGUUUAAAAUAAAAUUUACUUCUGAUGUUUUAAUUAAAAUGUUUGCCACAUUAACUUCUCCGAUGCCUUAAAAGUGGACUUCUUUAAAGAACCUUUGUGCUAUCUUAUCACAGGCUUACACCACAAUUGUUAAUCGAGAUUUCAUUUGGAGAUUUAUGGUGACACAUGCACACACACACGCGUGCACACACGCGCGUGCACACACACACAAGCACAAGCCCCACGGGCCCGUGUCACUGCUCUCUGCAUCCGGGUCUGCUGUGUCCUGCGUCCUCCCGAGCCCAGCCCAGACUCGGAGGCCCCAGGGGACCCACAGCCACCCCUUGUCCGGAACCCCCUUUUAACAACACCUUUCCUGUGGUCAGACCCCAACGGCGCUGUCUACUUUCUGAACUGGAAGGACCUCCUUGCGACACUGUACCUGUUAGUGCCAAACCCGCGGUGAGACCAGGAGGGCCGUGUUCUUUUCCCUCUGCGGACACACAGCACAGCCAACACUUUGCAGCAGAAAUCAAAUCUAAAACAAAAAGGAGGGACUUCUUAAAAUUCUCUUGAGAAAGACCAAAACAAAACCAUGCCAGACUUAAAGGUGUUCAUUUGAGGGACUAAAUGGAAGAAUCGGAACAUCCCGGAGGCCAUCGGUCACACUCUGGCCCUGUGACCGGCCUGAGGAGUCGCUUUGGAACUCACUUGCCUCCGUUUUAUUUUGUAUACGUAAGGGUUUGACCUAAAAAUGAGCUCAUGUGUACACAUUAGGGACAUUUGUGAGUCUGCUCACCCCACACUUGGUUUGGGUCUAGUUGCCCUCACAGCGUCAUCGUCUCAAAACCGAGCGUGCCACUAAAUGGUAGAUUUUACUGUUGAAGACCCUACAAUAAGAUUGUUUUAUCUGUACAUUUUUUUUCAGAUAUUUAACUGUAUAAAAAUGUUCAUUUUACACGAUAUUUAAUUAAAGUAUUUCUUGUCUGUGAAUUUCA